AUGGAAGUGCCAUCAUUCGUUGGCAAAGCAUGCCUUAAACUUAAAGGAUUAUGUGUCAAUGUAUGGACAGCUACAUUGGCCACAUGUCAGGAACGAGAGGAUUUCGAUGAGAAAGUGCCACCCAGAGCGUUUCGCAGGAGGUGGUAUUCAAUUUCGUUCGUAUCUAUCCCGAAAAAGGCAACAUAA